AUGGCGGCCCGUUGGAGCAGUGAGAAUGUGGUGGUUGAAUUCCGAGAUGCACAGGCCACGGCCAUGUCUGUUGAUUGCUUGGGGCACAAUGCUGUGCUGUCAGGGCGGCGGUUUCUGUAUGUGGUGAACUUGGAGGCCCCCUCUGAACCCCCUCGUAAAAUCGGACGCCAGAGCAAGUGGGAUGUGGGCACAGUUCAGUGGAACCCUCACAAAUCAGAGUCCAACGUUUUUGCUGCUUCAAGUAAUCAGAGAGUAGACCUUUAUGCCUGGAGAGAAGGCCGGGGAGAGAUUCACACAUCCCUGCAGGGACACACACGAGUAAUCAGUGACCUGGACUGGUCAUGGUUUGAGCCGGAGUACCUUGUCAGCAGUUCAGUGGACACCUAUAUCUACAUCUGGGACACCAGAGAUACACGGAAACCCACAGUUGCACUAUCUGCUGUCGCUGGGGCAUCUCAAGUCAAAUGGAACAGAAGAAACCAGCACCUCCUUGCCUCCAGUCAUGACGGUGAUGUGCGAAUCUGGGAUAAAAGAAAACCAAACACAGCUGUUGAGUAUGUAGCAGCACACCUGUCGAAGAUCCAUGGUCUGGACUGGCACCCAGACAAUGAAUACAUCCUGGCCACCUCCAGCCAGGACAACUCUGUCAAGUUUUGGGACUACAGACAACCAAGGAAAUACCUUAACAUCUUGUCCUGUCAGGUUCCAGUAUGGAAGGCCAGAUACACACCUUUCUCCAGCGGUCUGGUGACUGUCAUGGUUCCCCAGCUGAGGAGAGAGAACAGCCUGUUGUUAUGGAGCACCUUAGAUCUCAACAGUCCCGUCCACGCCUUUGUUGGUCACGAUGAUGUGGUCCUCGAGUUCCAGUGGAGACCACAGAAAGAAGGCUCCAAGGAUUAUCAACUAGUCACAUGGUCUAGAGACCAGACACUGAGAAUAUGGCGUGUGGAUCCCCAGCUGCAGAAGCUGUGUGCCAACGAUGUGGUGGAGGAUCUGUUGGAGGGUAUGUCUCUGACCAUUGAACCAGAGAAGAUUUUGGCUUCCCAGGAACCUGAGCCCCAGCAUGGCAACAUCCUAUCCAUCAGUGACCAGCAGGACCAGGACGGUGCUCUGAGGUCUAGUGGACACCAUGAAGCCCCGGGUGCCGGCCUGCCCCAGACCCUGCAACAGGAGUUCUCCCUGGUCAAUCUGCAAAUUAGGAAUGUCAAUGUUGAGAUGGAUGCUGUGAACCGAAGCUGUGUCGUCUCUGCACACUUUGGGAGUCACCAGGUUCGGCUGGUGGUGAAGUUUCCCGCCCACUACCCCAACAACGCUGCUCCCUCCUUCCAGUUUGUCUCCCCCACCACUAUCCCAUCUGCUAUGAGGACUAAGAUCCAAAAGAUUCUGACGGACACCUCACUUCAGAAGGUGAAGAGGAACCAGAAUUGUUUGGAGCCAUGCGUUCGACAACUUGUUUCCUGUCUGGAGUCUGACAUGACCCAAGAGGAUGGUCCCACCAUCAGCCCCUACGUUCUCUCAAACCCUGUGACGCCCGCCCUUCCUGCUUUCCCCAGGGUCACCAACACUUACGGUUCCUACCAGGAUGCCAAUAUUCCCUUCCCCCGGACUUCAGGGGCCCGAUUCUGUGGUACUGGGUGUCUAGUCUAUUUCACACGGCCGAUCACUAUGCAUCGCUCUGUCCCCCCUACUGAACCCACUCCUAGGUCCCUGUCGGCGCUAUCUGCCUACCACAGUGGUGUUCUGACUCCCAUGAAGAUGCGGACUGAGUCUCAGAGCACGCUCAGGUUAUACAGUGGCAGCCCCACCCGCUCUGAUAAAGACACUGUCUCCAUCUCCUCCUUCUACUACAAGGAACGGAAGCCCUCAAUCUCUGCCUUUCGCCGCUGGUCUGUACAGACCAUUCAUGAUUGCCCGAAAUCACGACGGUUUAAGACAAAGCGUGAGGGUACUGACUAUGGCAACAGACCCAUCAAGCUAGCUGGGAAAGUCAUCAUCCAAGAGAUCUCCUGUCUCCUGCCUGUACAUAAAGCACUAGGAGAGAGUUACAUUUUAAAUGUGAAUGACAUCCAGGACACUUGUAAGAAGAAUGCAGCAGCGGCACUGGUGGUGGGCCGCAGAGAUGUGGCAAAGGUGUGGGCCCUGGCUUCUGCAGCAACCAGUCUUGACCUGAGUCCAGACUCCGACCCAGACACUGAAACCCCUUGGGCCAGGCACCCUUUUGGUCGUCACCUGCUGGAAACACUUUUGGACCACUAUAGCCAGAUGAGUGAUGUGCAGACCUUGGCCAUGUUGUGCAGCGUGUUCAAAGCCCAGGGCCCUCCUCCAGACUGUUUCUCCCUCUAUGGGCAGCACACCUCCAGACCACCCAUAUUACCUCCACACCACACACGCUAUCCCAGUUAUAACUCUGGAUCCGUCACCUCAGGAUCCUGUUCCAGUACCUCAGACUCCAUCACCACAGCCACAUGGAACCUCGGCCGAGAGUCAGAGCACACCACCCCUUGGGGCGAAUCCUCCCCUGAUGAGUAUCGCUACGCCAACCAGGUUUAUACAGAUCCACGGGAACGAGAGCGGGAGCAGCACGACAUGAAUAAAAGACUCCUGGAUCCAUCCAAUACUCUACAAUACGAUGACUUUAAGAAGUGUUACGGGGAGAUCCUCCACCGCUGGGGGCUGAGAGAGAAGAGGGCUGAUGUGCUCAAGUUUGCCUCCUGCCCUCCUGAGCCUCACAAGGGCAUCGAGUUUGGAGUGUACUGUUGCAACUGUCGUAAUCAGGCGAGGGGGACCCAGUGUGCGGUGUGCAAGCGACCAACUUUUCAAUGUGCCAUCUGUCACGUGGCGGUGCGUGGUGCCUCCAACUUCUGCCUGAGCUGUGGUCAUGGAGGCCACGCCAUACACAUGAUGGAGUGGUUCCGCUGCCAGGAUGAGUGCCCCGCAGGCUGUGGCUGUCAGUGUCUGCUGCAGAGUACUUACUGAGGCAGGGGGGGGGGGGGAGUCUGCCUCCCAAUCUCUAACUCAGACAUACUUUCUCUCACACACUGACACACACAGAUACACUUUCACUUUUACUCUCUCUAUCUCACACACUUGCAUACUCUGUCACAUUCACACACACGCUCACACCCUUUUUCAACAUCUCAAACACAUGUAUGCACUCUCCAUUUCGUGCAAAAUCACAUACACACACUUAUGCACACAUUUUCUCUCUCUCACACAACACACCACCACACACAAAAUGAGUAUUUGGAAAUGGACAUUCUGAUCUGUGAAGAUGAAAAUGCUUCAGAGACUUUGGGCAUCUGAUUAGAGACCACCAGUGUAGACAUCAACCUACCAGGAUUGUCAUUAGGCUGAUCUAAGCCUCACAUGCACCAUGUACUUAAUCUAAUUAUGCAACAUAUCAGCACUUAAGUUUUAAAUGCUGCUUCCAGGAAACUAUAAUGUAGCCCUAAGAUUUUUUCAUACUAAAGGGAAAGAGAUUUAGUUAACCUUGCCUUGAUUAAUCUUACCUUUAAUUUGCUUUCAGUAUCACUGAAAACAAACGUGACUGACCCUUAAAUACCAAGUAACUAUAUGUGCCUGGAAAAAAACAUUUUGGACUUGAACUGUGUCUUACAACCUUGCAGUUUUAUGUAAGACAACAAACAUGCUUCAUAUUGACGACAGUCUUUAAUGGUAUGAUGAUGUAUUUGUGGCCUGAAUAAAUUUCAGGGCUAUAUUUCUGAAUGUAAAAACUCUGCACAUGGGUAAACAUUAAUUUAAUAAGUUUAAACCUUGUAGGGAAUAACA